GAGUAGACUAUUCAGUAGGAAAUUUGUGGAUUGAAAGAACAGAUCAUCUUAGUUAUUUUUCAUAAAAUAAUAUGUUAAAACAGUGGUAUUCCAGUUAUUGAUUCUAUAGGUGAAUUGCAGUGGUUCCACAAGUAUGGCUAGUGAAUAUAGCUAGAAUGCGAUCAUGGAUUUUAGAAAUAUGUUGACAUUCAUCAGCUUCACCAUGAUUAUAAUGACUUGCUCAUUUAGAGCGUUGGCUUGUGAUGAAGAACUAGAAGCUGAAUUUUAUGAAAUGCCUAACGUAGAUGAAAUAAUGAAAACAUCCGAGCAAAUAGGAUUUAGACCAUUAUUCCGACACAGGCAACUGAUGGAAGAACGAAAUCGUUUGAAACAGGAAAGAUUGGACGAACUCAACAGAAGAAGCAACACGAGAAAUAAAGUGAUUUACGGUGACUUUAAAUCAAAGAAGUAUCAGCCGCCACCUUACACGAUAACUUACAUAACGUGGAACAGAAAUAAUAUAAGAAACAAGGCAGAAAAUAAGAGGAAACCACCUUCUAGUGAUCAAAUUAUCAGUAAUAGACCUAGGCCAUACUUUUAUACAAGUACUAAUAAUAAUUAUUAUCCUUCCAGUUCUGGACAAUUAUCCGGCAAUAGAAACUGGCCUAUUGGUUCUUAGCAAUAAAUACUCACACUAUAAUGAACUCUUUGUCAUUCAGAUAAAUAUGGGAAUGACAUCACUUUUAUAAGUUGAGUACCUAUAUUUUAUUAAUAUAAGAUUCUUGUUCUAUUAUGAUUCUGUCAUAAAUCAGUAUGGUAGUCUAUAUUAUUCUGAUCAGUAUUCUUAUUCUGAUAUGGUAGGUACAAUAGUAAUAUGAGUGUAUUGUGAAUGCUAAUGCUAUAAAAGUCAUAAAGUGCUUCUAUUUUUUUA